GCAGUAGCACGUAGCACGGCUCCGCCCUCACCAUGGCCCGCGCGCACCUCCUAGCCCUGACGAUGUGCUGGUUGGCAGUGGCGGUACGCACUGCACCUGCGGGGCCAUACAGCGGUAACGGCGGAGGCGGCUACAGCAGAGGCGGUGGCGGUAACGGCUACAGCGGGGGCGGCGGGGGCGGCAACGGCUACAGCGGGGGCGGCGGCGGCGGCAACGGCUACAGCGGAGGCGGCGGAGGCUUCGGCGGCGGCGGCGGCGGCGGCGGCUACAGCCCGCCACUCCCCAACGGCUACGCGCCGCCUCCUGCCGUCGACACGCAGUACGGCGCGCCCGCGCAGGCGCCGGUCAUCCACAAGCACGUGUACGUGCACGUGCCGCCCCCAGAGCCCACGUACGCGGCGCCCAGGAAGCCGCAGCCUCCGCCGCCGCCCCCACAGAAGCACUACAAGAUCGUGUUCAUCAAGGCGCCCGCGCCGCCGCCGCCCACGGUGCCGGACCUGCCGCCCAUCGCGCCGCCCCCCGAGCAGAAGACGCUCAUCUACGUGCUCGUCAAGAAGCCCGAGGAGCCGCCCGAGAUCACCAUCCCCACGCCCGCGCCCACACAGCCUUCCAAGCCGGAAGUCUACUUCAUUCGCUACAAAACACAAACUCAGGAGGGAGGCGGACCGGGCGGCGCGUACGGACCUCCAUCGCCGUCUGGCCCCAGCCCAGAAUACGGUGCUCCAAGCGCCGGUGGCGGCGGCGGCGGCGGCGGCGGCGGCUCGGGCCCCUACUGAGACCUGCACCUCACAGCUCACAUCGCAGCACUCCACCGUGUCUAGUUGUGAACACAGUUAGAUAUAAACUGUUACUCAUAGGUGGUGUUUUCAAUCACUUUUGUUCAUUUUUUUAAACUGUUUUUUAUACAUGUAAUAUGUAAUAAAUUUAUUGUUUCUUAGAA